AUGGCUGAUAAUCCUUCUUUGCUUCCUUCAGAGCAACCCCCUGAGAUCCUCCAAAGUCAUAUGGAAAUGGAGAUGAAGAAGUUAAAGAAGAUUGAUUGUCUUCUUUUGGAACUACUUUUUGAGAUACUCUCAUAUCUGCCCGUUAAAUCUCUGUUGCGUUUCAUGUGUUUUCCAAGUCAUUUUGGAUCAUGCAACGGCUUAGUAUGCUUGUUAUGUCAAGCUGAUGAUGUUAUGCUUCUCAAUCCUGCCACCCGAGCCUGCAAAAACUUGCUAAAAGUCAAGUUGACAAAUAAGUACAUGCAAUUGUGUACUCCUCUAGGAUUUGGAUAUGAUUGCAUUACCAAUGAUUAUAAGGUUUUAAGGUGUGCAAGAUUGCGGAUGCCUAAUGCUGGAAUACCUGAAUGGGAAACUCUUCUCUAUAGUUUUAGAAGUAAUUCUUGGGUAAUCAUUCAGAAACCCCCUUGGAGUUGGGAGACUGUAAGAUUAUCCCCUGGUAUUGUGGCUAACAAUUCUUUGCACUGGAUGGAUCAUGAGCGUAAAAAGAUAAAAUGUUUCGAUCUUUUCUCCCAAAGGUAUUAUGAGAUACCUCUUCAUGAGAAAAUUAGUCCUGGCAAUUCAUCUAAUUUGUGUGUUUUAAGAGGACAGUUGUGUAUAGUAACAACAUUUUAUUUUGAUACAUGGAUACUAAAGGAGUAUGGUGUGCAUGAUUCUUGGACUCGACUGUUUCACUGUCCUUCUGGGGAGUGGAGCAGGUUAUACAACUCCUUCUCUAGUUGGCAUACGGGCCUCAGUGUUGCUUGCUCGAAGGACGGAAGCAAAAUUCUAGUAGCGCUGCGGGGAGAUCCACCGAACUUCAUUUGCUGUGAUCUAAAAUCAAAGAAAGUUGUGAAGAUUCUAAUCCCAGGCUUACCGCCCCAAUGUCCCUUUAUACUCCCAUGGGUGGAAUCUCUUGUACCCUUGCCAGAUGAUGUGAUGAACUAA